AGGACAGGGGACGCUGCGGGUAGUGGAGGCAGGCCCCGCGCGGUGCAGCCGCGGGUGAGUGCAACGUCCCCCGCGCCCGGCUCCGGCAGCCCCGGCGACUCCAGCCCGCGCCCGCCAUGCCCGAGCAGCUCAGUAUUGCGGAGUUCCUGGCCGUCACCGCCGAGGACCUCAGCUCCCCAGCCGGGGCAGCGACUUUCGCCUCCAAGAUGCCCCGGUGCCGGGGGGCGGCUCUAGCACGGGAGGAGGUCCUGGAAGGAGACCAGGCUAUCUUGCAGAGGAUCAAGAAGGCUGUGCGGGCCAUCCAUAGCUCUGGCCUUGGCCAUGUGGAGAAUGAGGAACACUACCGAGAGGCUGUGGAGGCCUUGGGGAAUAGUCACCUGUCCCAGAACAGCCAUGAACUGUCCACUGGUUUCCUGAACUUGGCUGUGUUCACCCGUGAGGUGGCUGCACUCUUCAAGAACCUGGUUCAGAACCUGAACAACAUCGUCUCCUUCCCGCUGGAGAGUCUGAUGAAGGGGCAGCUAAGGGACGGGCGGCAUGAUUCAAAAAAGCACCUGGAGAAGGCAUGGAAAGACUAUGAAACCAAAAUGGCCAAGCUGGAGAAGGAGAGGGAUCGGGCUAGAGUCACAGGCGGAGGCCACGGGGAGAUGUUGCAGGACACACAGCGUGAGCGGCGAGUCUUCCAGCUGCACAUGUGUGAGUAUCUUGUCAAAGCUGGAGAGAGUCAGGUGAAGCAAGGUCCAGACUUCCUUCAGAGCCUCAUCAAGUUCUUCCAUGCCCAGCACAACUUCUUCCAAGAUGGCUGGAAAGCAGCUCAGAGCCUGUCCCCCUUCAUCGACAAGCUGGCAGCCUCAGUCCAUGGGCUUCGGCAAGCUCAGGAGGAAGAGCUGCAGAAGCUGACCCAGCUCCGGGACUCCCUCCGAGGGAUGCUGCAUUUGGAGAGUAGAGAGGAGCACCCAAACAGGAAGAACUCAGGGGGCGGCUACAGCAUCCACCAGCACCAAGGCAACAAGCAGUUCGGGACUGAGAAAGUGGGCUUCCUGUACAAGAAAAGCGAUGGGAUUCGAAGAGUCUGGCAGAAGAGGAAGUGUGGAGUCAAGCAUGGCUGCCUGACCAUCUCACACAGCAUGGUCAACCGGCCCCCGGUGAAGCUGACCCUGCUGACUUGCCAAGUGAGGCCAAACCCCGAGGAGAAAACAUGCUUCGACCUGGUGACCCACAACCGUACAUACCACUUCCACGCAGAGGACGAGCUGGAGUGUGAGGCAUGGGUAUCUGUGCUGCAGAACAGCAAGGACGAAGCACUGAGUAGCGCCUUUAAUGGGGAGCCCAGUGGCGGCCAGUGGUCUUGGGGUGGCACCCCAAGGUUGGAUGCGGAGCCCCAGGACCUCACCAAGAUGCUCAUUGCCGAGGUGAAGAGUAGGCCGGGGAAUGGCCAUUGUUGCGACUGUGGGGCUGCAGAUCCCACGUGGCUCAGCACCAACCUGGGUGUGCUCACCUGCAUCCAGUGCUCGGGCGUCCACCGAGAGCUGGGUGUGCGUUUCUCCCGAAUACAGUCUCUCACCUUGGACCUCCUGAGUCCCUCAGAGCUGCUGCUGGCUCUGAACAUGGGAAAUUCCCGCUUCAAUGAAGUCAUGGAGGCCCAUCUGCCCGCUCUCGGGAGCCCUAAACCCUGUGCUGAGAGUGACAUGAGCAGCCGUAGGAACUACAUUGUGGCCAAGUAUGUGGAACACAGGUUUGCACGCCAGUCCACACCUGAGCCCCAGAAGCUGUGGACAGCUAUCCGCAACAGGGACCUCCUGUCUGUACUGGAGGCCUUUGCCAAUGGGCAGGACUUCGGACAGCUGCUGCCAGGGCCUGAUGGGCAGGCACCUGGAGAGCUUGCCCUGCACUUGGCCAUCAGAGUCGCCAGCCGGGCUUCCCUGCCCCUAGUGGAGUUCCUUAUCCAGAAUGGUGGCCACUUGGAUGCCAAGACGGUGGAUGGAAACACCGCGCUGCACUGUGCUGCACUCCACGGCCAGCUGGACUGCCUCAAGCUGCUGCUGAAAGGGAGGGCUCCCGUGGGGGCAGUAAAUGAUGCUGGAGAGACAGCUCUGGACAUUGCCAGGAAGAAACAACACAAGGGAUGUGAAGAGCUGCUGGAGCAGGCACAGGCAGGCACCCUCACUUUCCCUCUCCACAUGGACUACCCAUGGGGACAUUCCAUGGAACAUGGCUGUGACAGUGAGGAGGAUGAGGAAGAAAAGUACUGUCCUGGGAAGCCCCCAGCUCGGGACUGCUGGGGCAAUGGGAGGCUGGAUAUCAACAAGACCUAUGAGACCAUUAUUGUCCCGGGACCAGCCACCUCUCAGAGCCACAAAGAGGACCGUCCCCCACCCCUGCCCGCCAAAAACUCUAGGACCACACUUCCAGGGCGAGCAGGACAUUCCAGUGGAGAUCGCUCUGACACCCCCAGUCUGAGGUCAGAGUCUCCUGAAGCCUCAGAGAACCCAAGCAGUCCAGCGUCUUCCUCAUCUAGCCUCACCAGCUCUGUGGAACCUGGGGGGCUGAGCCUAGCCCCACCUAGCCCUAAAGAAGGCCUCCAGGAGCCAUCAGGCACCUCCCGACCUAGGCCAGAAUCUGGGACCACCCCUAUUGAAGUGUAUCUCCCAGUCAAGUUCAGCUCAGAGAGCACUCGAUCUUACAGACGGGGAGGUCGGAGUCUGGAAGACAGUCCCUCUGCCUGGCAGCCUCUGUCUAGAAGGAACAUUCCGGUCUGCCUCACGGAAGGAGACGGCUCAAAGACCGGGGUUCUCCCGGCAAGUUCUCUGCAACUUUUGCACGACUAGCUCCUUGCUGACCCCUCAUGGCCCACACUGGACCCUGACAUUCAGAGCUGGGACUUGAGUCCACAGAACUGGGAGCUCACCUUCCCUGGAUCAUGUCCCUGCCAAGGACACUGGCCCCUCCUUGUUGGGGCUGAUGUCCUGGGCCAGGCAGUCCUGAAGUUAGAUCUGAGGCUGCCUGGGCUGGGUUCAGUUACACAGCCCUCAAUCCUUAUCAGACCAGGACUGUUCUCCCUACAAGGGUGGGACCACGCUGGCCAUCAUUCAGGUCCAGGCACUAUCUUAUAGACUAUUUAUCAGUCUAGUAUUUUCCUUUAAUGAAUUCCAGCUUUAUGUCCAGACCUCUGCUAGGUACUGUGGAUGCCACAUGAAUGAGGCAAGCAUCCCACAGAUGUGGCCCCUUGCUGGAAAGCUGGUCUCAAGAACUGACUUGGAAUGAACAGAGCCAGACUGCAGAGGAUGGCUCUGGGCUCAGGGGUAGGACAGACACCCCUGGUCUCCUGUCUGAUCAUUACAGUUGUUACAGCCUAGUUAUAAUGGGUCAAGGCCGGUGCUGCACAGGCUAAAGUACUCUGAAUGCCUUCUUUAGAGGGGCAGCCUUGACCUCCCCCCCCCAGAAGUCUGUACUGUGCUCCUCAGCCAGGAAGUAGAACUGGAAGUAGAGUACGACUCACCUGUCUAGCUGCCUCCUUGAUUCAGCAGGAAAGAAAGGAAUGAUGUAGGUUGACUGAUCCUACUUCUCUCGUGUUUCUCUUGAUCAAACCAGAAGCCUUCCGGUCUAGGGGAAGUGAGGGACCAAGAAAGAAAGGAGGAGUUGGGAAGAUAAGAGAAGCUUCAAGAGUCUGCUUUCCAGGGCCAGAAAUCCUGCCAUUGCUCAGCCACAAUUACAAAGCCAAUGCUAUCAGCAACCAUGGACAGCUCUGUUUUAUAGCCUCUUGGUGCUAGGUCCUACACGGGUGGACCAAGCCAAAUGCGGGAGACCAGAGGGCACCCAAUGAAUGGCUAGGAGUUGAACUGUUCACCCUGGAGGCUGGGAUGGUCCUUGAUCCUAAAGAAGCAGGAUUGCUUCUGAGCCCCCAGGGUCAGCUUUUGUUCAUCUCAGACUUACUCUUUUAUUCAUCUCCAAUAAAGGAUUCUUGGGGGAGGGAUGGACCCUCCCGGUUCA